CAUGCAAGCCAUAACCUAAAGUUUUCUCUGUAUCUUACAACCAAAUCAGACUAAAGAAACAGAACCAGAGAAUUUAGAAUAAACACAAGCUGCAUUCAAAUGUCUCUCAAGGGAGCUCCUCAUUCAUCUUCUUCUUCCUGGGAUUUGAAAACUUCCAUCCUACUCGUUUUCUUUCUCUCUUCUUCCUCUCCUUGCUUUUCAUGGUCUUUGCCUCCUUCCAUUGUCAACUCUACUGAACAACACCGUCAUCACACUUUCAUCUCCGACUUUCGGGUACUAACGAGAAGAAUACUAUCAGAAUGUCCUGACCCAAACCCUUUUCUCCAAAUAAAUGUUACUCCCGAUUCCAACCUUGCGGAUGAAGAGAAUGUGACAGUCACGGUUAGUGGAGUUUUUGUUCCUCAGAAGGACGAUUGGGUUGCUAUGAUUUCACCUGUUAAGAAUUCAAACGACGUUUCAAGAUGUCCUGCAAAUGAGCUUCUUUAUGCAGAGACUGGUGAUCUGAGCAAACUUCCGCUGCUGUGCCAUUAUCCCGUGAAGGCGCAGUACAUGAGCAACGACCCAGACUAUAUCAACUGCACAAAGAAGGAAUGCAAGAAAUACAAGCAUGGGAAAUGCGUAAAAAGCACUUGCAGUGGUUCCUUGAGGUUUCAUGUUAUUAAUAUCAGAACAGACAUUGAGUUCGUGUUCUUUGCUGGUGGAUUCGAGACACCUUGUGUUUUAACCAGGUCAAACCCUCUCAAUUUUGCUAAUCCAAACCAGCCUUUAUAUGGACAUCUUUCAAGCAUAGAUUCAACCGGAACCUCAAUGAGAUUAACAUGGGUUAGUGGCGAUAAGGCCCCACAACAAGUACAACAUGGGGAUGGAAAAACACAGAUAUCACAAGUUACAACAUUUUCACAAGAUGAUAUGAAGAGUCGUUCUGCUGUACCAAGUCCAGCCAAGGACUUCGGGUGGCAUGACCCAGGAUUCAUUCAUUCAGCGGUAAUGACUGGCCUUCGGCCUUCAAGCACCUUCUCCUACAGAUAUGGAAGUGAUUCCGUUGGCUGGAGUGAUCAAUUCCAGUUCAAGACUCCGCCUGCUGGAGGAUCAGAUGAACUGAAUUUUCUCGUAUAUGGUGACAUGGGAAAGGCUCCUCUUGAUGCUUCUGUUGAACACUACAUACAACCAGGAUCCCUCGCAGUGAUUGGUGCUUUGACUGAUGAAGUAAAUUCUGGAAAAUUUGACUCCAUCUUUCAUAUUGGAGACCUGAGUUACUCCACUGGAUGCUUGGUUGAGUGGGAUUUUUUUCUUCAACUUAUAAGCCCAAUUGCUUCCCAAGUCUCUUACAUGACUGCUGUUGGAAACCACGAAAGGGAUUAUCCAGACUCAGGGUCAGUAUAUAUUACUACUGAUUCAGGUGGAGAAUGCGGAGUUCCUUAUGAGACUUAUUUUCCAAUGCCAACCCAAGCAAAGGAUAAGCCAUGGUAUUCCAUAGAACAAGCAAGCGUUCAUUUCACAAUAAUUUCAACCGAGCAUGACUGGUCAGAAAAUUCUGAGCAGUAUGAAUGGAUGAGAAAUGAUAUGGCCUCCAUUGAUCGAUCAAAAACUCCUUGGUUAAUUUUUAUGGGGCACAGACCCAUGUAUACUUCAACAGAUGGAAUCUUUAGUGUGGAUAAGAAAUUUGUGGAAGCUGUAGAACCAUUACUACUUGAAAACAAGGUUGAUCUGUCUCUCUUUGGGCACGUUCACAAUUAUGAGAGAAGUUGUGCAAUUUAUGAUGGAAAAUGCAAGGCCAUGCCUACAACAGAUGAAAAUGGCGGCGCCACUUAUGAUAACAGCAAUUACAGUGCCCCAGUGCAGGCAGUUAUUGGCAUGGCCGGCUUCACCUUGGACAACUUCACAAACGAUGGGAACAGUUGGAGUUUACGCAGGAUUUCUAAAUUUGGGUAUGUUAGAGGGCACGCAACAAGGGAAGAGAUCAGCUUCGAGUUUGUGAAUGCAGCCACGAUGGAAGUUGAGGACAGAUUCCGCAUUCUUAAAAAGCAAAGUGCCGAAUAUGUAGAUGUCUCGCAAAUUAUGACUGGCUUCCGGGGGAUAGCGGCAGACGAGGUCGAGAGAGACAGAGCCACAGACAGAUCAGAGUUGUAGUACCUUUUUCUUUCUGUCUGAUCUCUCUCUGAUCCAUCUCAUACAUUAAGUGCAAUAAAACAAAAGAGUCCUCAUCUCUUGUGGGAAUUCAUGAAUUUGAGCUGAUAAACACAAUGCAUUAAUUCAUGAAAAUUAUGGGUAUAAUUAUGGCUGGCCGAA